AAUAGUUUUAGAAGAAAAGUGUUUGAACAACCAAUAGAGUGGGUAUUUACAAUUUCUAAUCUCGAGAAAUUGUUAAAAAUUGUUCGAUUCAGCAAUGUUCUACGUAAAGUUAUUAACGUGUUGCUUGGUAACUAGUUUGUAUUUGGUUAUUGUACAAGGUCACGAACCAAAGAUUUGUACAUUUGAUGCUGGAUGUUUUAUUGGUUUUGAAAUGGAAGGUUAUCAAAUCGAGAAAUUUGAAGCAUAUUUAGGAAUACCAUAUGCAGUGAAACCUCGUCGAUUUCAUUCACCAAAACGUUUCUACAGUAGUGAAACAUUCCAGGCCAAGGAUGCAAAAUUUUCUUGUAUACAAAAAAAUUACUAUGUACCGGGCUGGCGGGUAACUGGUGAUGAAGAUUGUUUGUAUUUAAAUGUUUACCGACCAUAUAAACCUGAAGCUAGCGAAUUUUUUCCCGUAAUAUUCUAUGUACAUGGAGGGGGAUUUUUUGCUGGGUCGUCAGCACCCAUUCAUACUGGUCCAGAGUAUAUAAUGGACAAUGAACAUACCGUUGUUGUAACAAUUGCCUAUCGUUUGGGUGCAUUUGGUUUUCUAACAACUGGCGAUGGUGUCAUUCCCGGUAAUUUAGGCUUAAAAGAUCAGGCCGAAGCUCUGCGUUGGGUUUUUCGCAACAUUGAAGCUUUCAGUGGCGAUCGUUUUCGUAUUACACUUGUAGGGCAAGAUGCGGGAGCUGUAUCGGUGCACAUGCACAUGUUUAGCAAACUAACAACUCGUUUAUUUCAUGCAAUUGUCGCAAUAAGUGGUACAGCAAAUGCUCCAUUCGCUAUCGAUGAUAAUCCUGAGCGUACAGCUCGAGAAACAGCCAAACAUUGUAAUAUAACAGACUGGGAUACAAUAACUACUGCUCAAUUGGCGAAAGCGUUGGAGAGUGUUCCCAUGUAUGUACUACUUGAUGCCGGAGAUCAUUUAAAAUAUUGGGAUAUCGAUAAUUUGGUCAACUAUAAACCUAUAGUUGAACGAAAUGUCCCAUUUGGUUAUUUAAUUGAACAUCCCGAUGAGUAUAUACGUACGGGCAAUUAUAAUCCAGUGCCCAUAAUGUUUGGUCGUGUACCAAUUGAGGGCGGUUUACGAACUGUAGGCAUAAUGUCAUCGGAUGUAUUGCACAAGGAUUUCAAUACCCAUUUUUUCUAUUUAAUGGUAAAAUUUUUAGAAUUUCCAGCGAAAUUCGAUGAUUCGCAAAAGACUGAGAAAACAAAACUGAUAUUAGAUGAAUAUUUAAAUGGAACUCAUGAAUUGAAUGAAGAGACAUGGGAUGGUUUUAUGGACUUAAUAACACAUCGUAACUUCUAUCAUCCCCUUUAUAACACCAUUAAAUAUUAUGUGGAAACAAUCGAUACUAAGAAAUAUCCAGUUUUCUUGUAUAAUUUCAAUUAUAUUGGAAACUAUUCAUACUCCGAAGUUAUUGCCGGUCAUCGGCUCUUUUAUGAUUACGGUGUAAUUCACUGUGAUGAUCUCAUCUAUUUGCUGAGGCAGCGUUUACUUUUUCCCGAUUUUCCCAGAAAUUCAGCAGAAGCAACAGUGGUUGCAAAAUAUGUACAUGUUUUAACCUAUUUCGCUCAUACUACAGAACUUGUUUAUAUAGAUUCAAAAUUUAAACCCUGUAACGAUGAAACAUUUUUCCCAUCAGAUGGGAAAAUGUGUGAUUCCUUUGAGUUCGUUAACGGCGAAAAUGAUUCAAUAGUUUUAAGUCCUAAUGAUGCAUUUGAUACGAAACGUAUGAAGUUUUGGGAUAAAAUUUUAAAAUAACAUUAAAUGUAUUGAAUAAUUAAAUAAAAUUCAU